CCCUAUAAAAACCCAUGCAUGCAAUAUUUUAUGUCCAUAGUUAAGACUGUGUGGCUAGUUGGGGUAGUUUUAUAAUGGCUCCCAGCAUCACCAUCCUGGCUCAAGGGAAAGUGAAGGGCGAGGAGGCGCUGCGCCGGAGGAACGAGGAGUUGGAGAGGGAGCUGAAGAAGAGCUUGGAGAGAGAGGAGAGAAUGAGGGAGGAGUUAAUGAGGGCGUCGCAGCGGCUGAGGGUGGCGGAGGAGGCGGAGGAGCGGCUUUGCUGCCAGCUUGGCGAGCUCGAGGCGGAGGCGCUGGCCCAUGCCCGGGAAUCCAGAGCUCGAAUCCUGGAAUUGAUGGAACAACUCUCUGGUGUCAAAACCACUCCUCCAACCAACUUCUGAUCUUUAACCAUUUAGAAUGUUGUGCCACUACCUCUUUUUCUUUUUUGUAUCUUUUUGGAGAGGAUUUCUGGAAGAGAGAAGGACACCCCAAAUCAGUAUUUUUCAAGUUUGGUGUCCCUACUAUUAUUUUUCUCAAUUUGGCUUUAGACAUAGGGAACAAUGUGUAGAAAAGUUGUAAUAGAUUGAGAGGAAUUUUACUCUAAAUCAAUCUCUUACAAAUUUCCAUGAAAAAA